UUUCACAACCUGCGCAAAUUCCAUUCUACUACCUCCUUUUGGGAGUAUUUGCAUUCCUUUUGGGAAAAGAGACAACACAACAAGCCGUUACAAAGGCGCAACCCAACCUUAAUGAUUUGAAUCAUUUGGAUUUUCUUGCGGGGCUUUACACUGUUUGUUAAAGCGUUGAGGAUAUACAAAGAAAAAGGUGGUCUCUCUCUCUCUCUCUCUCUCUCUCUCUCUCUCCCUGAAAAAAUCUGAUCUGGGUAUCUUUUGAUAUUAUCGAAUUCCACUUCCUGUUCGAAUUGUCGGAUUUGUGUUCUUCACCUGGGCUUUUGGAGGGUUUUAUACAUUUGGGUGAAGUUGUAAUCUUGAGGAGAAAGGGUGGCGAUCCUUGUUCAAAAAGUCUCCAUUUUGUCAAGGAAGGUAUUCUUGCUUCCACUAGCAACCAAUGCUCAAUGGCAGAUAGUAGCAUGGGUAUAGAAAUGGUGGGAAAUGAGAUUCCAGCUUUAAAAGAAGCACUUUUUGCUCAACAACAGCUUCUGCAAAAGCUUUACAAUGAGUUGGAUGUGGAAAGAGAAGCCUCCGCUUCUGCAGCCAGUGAAGCUCUAUCUAUGAUUUUACGGCUGCAAGGAGAAAAGGCUGCUGUGAAAAUGGAAGCUAACCAAUACAAGAGAUUGGCAGAAGAAAAGAUGUGUCACGCAGAAGAAGCUCUAGCGAUUUUCGAAGAUCUUAUCUAUCAGAAAGAAAUGGAAAUUGCUUCUUUGGAAUAUCAGGUACAGGCUUAUAGGUACAAACUAUUAAGCUUGGGAUGCAAUGAUAUCGGUGUUUGUGAAACAAUAUUUCCGGAAAAUCUACUGCAAAGAAACGAAAACUUAAUUGGAGACGUGGGUUGUCAAACGAAUUUGAGAAGGAAUUCUAUGCCACUGAUGCCUCUAAAAUUCUCAUAUCAAAGGAAGGGUAGUUUUGAAAAGGAAAGAUGUGUUAGUCCGGAAUUGAGUUCCAAGAUAGAGGAGGAAAACAUAAACAGUGAACCUAAUUCAAAGAUCUCAGAUAUGGAGAAGAAGUUGGAGAACUAUGCGAUUGGGGAUAUUACUUCAUACUGGGAACAAAUCAGGAAGUUAGAUGAACGGGUGAGGGAGAUAGCAGAUGGCAAUGGAGUUAAGUCUACGAACUUGAGGAGCCGAUCAAGGUCUUCUUCAUUAGUUUUUGAUUCAACAAAAGGACCCAUCACUAAUGAAUCCGGCCACUGUCAAUCCUUACUUGACAACGAGGCAACUGUCAGUCCUUCUGGUUACUCAUGUGUUCAUGAUGUAUUUGAAGUUCCACAAACUCGUGAGAGUGAGGAAGGUUGCAGAGGAGAUAGAGAACCAGAGAGACAGUUGGUAUUGGAGGGUGAUAAUAGGGAUGGAAAGCCAGAUUCUGUUCCACCAGAGGCUUUCAAACCACACGUGAAGAAGGAAACCGAUUGGGUAAGGAAAAUGUUUCCAUCCAAACACCAGAAAAACAAUUUGCCUGGACCAAGUGAGAGGGUAGCUCUUGACUGCCAUUUGGCUCUUGUUCACUCCACAACCGAGGUUGCUGAAUCUCAUUCCAAGUUCCAACAGCUUAACAUUAGUAGGAUAUCAGAGAUAGUUGAGGUUGAGAGAAAUGGUGAAGGAUUGGAAACUGCUAACAGAGAAGAAGAAGAAUUGAAGUUGUUGAAGGAGAUUCAGGAGCAACUCAAUUCAAUUCAGUCUGAGAUAAAAAGUCUGAAAACUAUUAAGUCCUCUCCUUCCUACGAGUUACCCCUCCUUUCCCUAACUGAGGCAAUGUUACACUUUUGGCUCUGAUCCAACAAUAACACUACCAGCUCCAGUAACCAUCAGUAUUGACUCACCACAUCAUUCACCUCCAUUUGCACUUUGUCAAAGGUACUGAUAAAGGGGAUACUAUUGCAUAGAUGAUUGUGAAGUGUAUUCUUGGGUUCUGCUUGGAUUGACAUGAAGAUGGGAUUGAUUCUGACUUGAUUUGAAUUCAUUUUCUUAACAAGAUGUAUACCGGCUUGUCUUUUUUUCCUUCUUUCAUAAGGUGUAUACAAUGUAUAGGUUUGAUACGUGUACAUAAAAAGAUUGGAUUGUAGGAGAGAUGAGUGCCUGUCUUCACAGGAUUGAGCAAUGCAUGCUUCCAUUCCUUGUACUUUAUCGUUUCCUCGUGGAUAUUAAUGGAUUUAGUGGCAGAAGUGUCUCUUUUUCAUGA